UGAACCACAAUCCUCAGUGUUGGUCACACUAAUGAGAAGCUAGGGGCUUUCUAAUAUGGGGUGCUUCCUUGCUUGCUUUGGUUUUUCUAAGAAAAAAAAGCGGCGAAAACCCGGUAACAAAGUUGCAGCUGCUGGAGACCAUGGACGUGGGAGCUAUGUACCAUUAGAUUCAUCUCUGACGAUUAUUGGUGUCGAUGGUGCAAAAGAAAGUCUCCAUAGUGCAGGUUCUGUACUCAGAGACAAGCCUAAGGAGCAGACAAGGGUCAAAAUCAGAAAGAAAGUUAGCUUCAAUCUAAAUGUCCAGACCUAUGAGCCUAUUUCGACUGGUUAUCAUUUCUUGGAGAGCGAUGAGGAGGAGGAAGUGGAAAAGAAUGGCCACGAAGUAUCAAAAGGAAGCCUUUCCACUUCAGCAUCUCAAAGGGAUUCAACUACAUUGCGGAUGGGACUUUUUCCUUCAAAUUACAGGUACCAAAAUGUUCGAGACAGCUACGACGAAGACGACCAUAUAGCAGAUGAGGAAAGUGAUUUAGAUGACGACGAUAACGAAAUUGAUGAUGAUGAUGACAGUGAAAUUGAUGAUCAAAGAAUAAGCCAAGAGGGGUUUUCAAGGCAAUUCUGUUCUUCCUCUAUAAAAAGAGAAUUGGAAUAUCCAAAUGCUAGAGGUAAUAUCCAGUAUGUACACUCUGUACUGAGUCCAGUAGAGAAUCUGACUCAGUGGAAAGCAGCCAAAGCAAAAGCAGCAGCACCAAAGCAGCAAAAGGAGAAUAUAGCAGCAUUAUCUCAAGAACCCCGGAUGCCGCCUUCUAGCAGAUCAAGUUAUAACCAGUCCAAACCUCUAUUGCAAGAAAUCCCAGUUCAUGCCAGUCUUUCAAGUUGGUUAAAUUCACAGAGUACAAAUUAGUCCGAGACCACAUUGAUCACCAAUAUUUGCACAGCUUCUGUAACUGGGACCAUCUCAUUCACGAAAUUAACAGAUUUGAAAUUCAAGCUCAGUCAAAUCUAAAGCGAUAUGAGAGAAAGAAGUAAACAUAGCUAAUUUGAUACCAAAAAGUGAAGAGGGCAAUAAACAGAAGUGUAGUUGAGGUGCUUUUUAGCUUUGUAGCACAUUUUGGACAGAGUGAUUUUUUGGGGGCAU